CAGCAUCUCCUCCACCAAUAGCAAACCCCCCGGCCCUACGGCUCCAUAUUUUGUCCCGCCUUAUCCACAUCCCGAAACCACCACCAGCUCCUCCGCUUCCAUCGUUCUUCCACCAACGCCUAGCUUCAUCGGAACCGUACCCUCAUCCCCUCCCCACCGCAUGGCCGCGGCGCUCGCCUCCUCCCGCUGCUGCCGCCGCCCUUCGCUUCUUACCACUGAUCGCCGCCGAAGCUCCGUCGCCCGGUGUGCGCUCUCCGGCGGGAAAGGAAACUCAUUUAGCUGGAAAGAAUGUGCAAUUUCUGUAGCAUUGUCUGUUGGAUUAAUUACUGUCCCACCAACAUUUGGAUGGUCGGCCCAUGCAUAUCCUCUCGAACCUGUAAUUCCUGAUAUUUCAGUUCUUAUUUCUGGACCUCCCAUUAAAGAUCCAGGUGCUUUGUUGAGAUAUGCUUUGCCCAUAGAUAAUAAAGCUAUUCGUGAAGUUCAAAAACCGCUAGAGGAUAUUACCGAUAGUCUCAAAGUUUCUGGUGUUAGAGCGUUGGAUUCAGUUGAAAGAAAUGUGAGGCAGGCCUCAAGAGCGCUGACUAAUGGGAGGAGUUUAAUACUUUCGGGUCUUGCUGAAUCAAAGAGAGCAAACGGAGAAAAAACAUUGGAUAAAUUAGCUGUUGGACUUGAAGAGCUUCAACGAAUUAUUGAGGAUAGAAACAGGAAUGCGGUAGCUCCAAAGCAGAAAGAGCUUCUCAAUUAUGUUGGAACUGUAGAAGAAGAUAUGGUCGAUGGCUUCCCCUAUGAAGUACCAGAAGAAUACAACAACAUGCCUCUUCUUAAAGGAAGAGCUACUGUGGAUAUGACGGUUAAGAUUAAAGAUAAUCCAAACGUAGAAGAUUGUGUAUUUCGGAUAGUUCUGGAUGGAUAUAAUGCUCCUGUGACUUCUGGGAACUUCGUAGAUCUGGUGGAACGGAAGUUCUAUGAUGGCAUGGAAAUCCAAAGAGCUGAUGGUUUUGUUGUUCAGACGGGAGAUCCCGAGGGACCAGCCGAGGGUUUUAUUGAUCCCAGUACUGGCAAGAGUCGUACCAUACCUCUUGAGAUAAUGGUUGAUGGUGACAAGGCGCCUAUAUAUGGCGAAACACUUGAGGAACUUGGUCUUUACAAGGCUCAAACAAAGCUUCCUUUUAAUGCAUUUGGAACGAUGGCAAUGGCUAGAGAAGAAUUUGAUGACAACUCCGCUUCUAGUCAAGUCUUCUGGCUCUUGAAAGAAAGUGAGCUGACGCCAAGCAAUUCCAAUAUAUUGGAUGGGCGGUAUUCGGUGUUUGGAUAUGUAACCGAGAAUGAGGAUUUCUUGGCUGAUCUCAAGGUUGGGGACGUUAUUGAAUCAAUCCAGGUUGUCUCAGGCCUAGACAAUCUUGUCAACCCGAGCUACAAGAUUGUAGGGUAGCAUGUUUCUGUAUAUAAGAGUUCUUUGACAGGCAAUUGUUCUACGGUAUUAAAACCGAUGUCAUGCGCUGCAACUUCUAACCUUGUACAAUUGUUUUGUUUCCCUUUUUAUGCUUAUGGUUUGGCAUUCUGUGGAAUUCAACAGAUAAUAGAAAGAUCAAAGUUAUUUACCA